AUAAAAGGCAGGUAAAUCUUUGAUAUUUUAUUUUAAUUUAACAUCUCCCUUAUAAAAAAAUAGUAUGAAGAUACUUUCGGCAUUAUUUUUGGCCGUUUUCGUGGCUCAAGCCUGGAGUUAUUCUGAAACAGGAACCUUUAAGAUGGGCCAAGAGUGUGUGUUGUGUACUGGGGAGUAUGAACCUGUUUGUGGCGUUAAUAGCGAAGGAAUUAGAAAAACUUUUGGAAACGAUUGCGAAUUGGUUCAGUGGAAUUGCCUCGCAGGAGAAGAUUAUAAACACAUCCGUCAUGGAUUUUGUAGAGAUUAUGUAAGACCUGGUUUGAAGGACCCAUUAUGCACAAUUGUCUGUCCAAAUGGGAAACAGCCGCACUGUGGAUGUUCGAGGCCAUAGAGAACACUUUUGGAAAUAAUUGCAUUGUGGAACAAUAUUAUUGUCGAAACAUUUUUACAGAUUAUUUAAUUUCCAUUCUUUUAUCCGCAAUCUUUAAUAAACACUUAUUACCUUG